CAGUGCUGUGCGCCCAAUCGGGACCAAGUGUUGGCUGGCCCGGGCUCUCGUGGGCUCACUCGCUCUAGGGAACCGGCACCAUGGCGUCGGGCUGCAAGAUCGGCCCGUCCAUCCUCAACAGCGACCUGGCCAACCUGGGGGCCGAGUGCCUGCGCAUGCUGGACUCGGGGGCCGACUACCUGCACCUGGAUGUAAUGGACGGGCACUUUGUCCCCAACAUCACUUUUGGUCACCCUGUGGUUGAAAGCCUCCGCAAACAGCUAGGCCAGGACCCUUUCUUUGAUAUGCACAUGAUGGUGUCCAGGCCAGAACAGUGGGUAAAACCAAUGGCUGUGGCAGGUGCCAAUCAAUACACCUUUCAUCUCGAGGCAACUGAGAACCCAGGGGCUUUGAUUAAAGACAUCCGGGAGAAUGGAAUGAAGGUUGGCCUUGCUAUCAAACCGGGAACUACAGUUGAAUACUUGGCCCCAUGGGCUAAUCAAAUAGAUAUGGCCUUGGUAAUGACUGUAGAACCUGGAUUUGGAGGGCAGAAAUUCAUGGAAGAUAUGAUGCCCAAGGUUCACUGGUUGAGGACCCAGUUCCCAACUUUGGACAUAGAGGUCGAUGGUGGAGUAGGUCCUGAUACUGUUCAGAAGUGUGCGGAGCUUAAGAUUUUCCAGCUUCCAACAGUGAAUCACAACAGACUGGGUUUCCCUCAGAUCAGAUCCCAGGCCCAGAGCCAAAUUUGGAGUUAUCUCAUUUGAGCUCUUUAGGGCAGGAGCUAACAUGAUUGUGUCUGGCAGUGCCAUUAUGAGGAGUGACGACCCCAGAUCUGUUAUCAACUUACUAAGAAAUGUUUGCUCAGAAGCUGCUCAGAAACGUUCUCUCGAUCGAUGAAGCCACAAGGAACCCAGUUUCUCAUGAAACCUUUUUUACUAGAAAAGACGAAUAUUGACUACCAAAUCACAUUGCAAUUGAAGCAGUGCUGCAUUCCAGUGAUUAAAAUCAAUUGUGCAGGAUGUUCAAGAGGUUAGGAAUAACUACCUUUUUAGUGAUGGA